ACCGGAACCCAAAAACUUUUAAAUUGUGGUAAAGAAAUGAGAACUUUUGUGGUUUCGUUUUUCCGAAAAAAAGACCUUCGAGAAAAAAAAAAAGAUUAUAAAACAUCUAAUCUAAAAAGAAAUGAAAAAAGACCGUAGAAAAAUCCCAAAACUGAUGGCUUCAUUCAUCCCACUAUAAAUACGAACUCCGUCUUCCCAAUCCUUUGCAACACCACCAGAAUCUACACAGAUUUUACAGAGAUUUCCACAAGUUAGUUAGUAUGCAGAAGAGUGAGUCAGCUUCGUCGCUGGGCCCGGGUGGGCUGGACCUGUCGGAGGCCUUCUUCCGGCCCAUCGCAAGCGCCGGUCCACCCUCCCCGACCAAGCGCCACACGAAGAUCUCCGUGAUCGGCGCCGGAAACGUCGGGAUGGCGAUCGCACAGACGAUCCUUACACAGGACCUGGCCGACGAGCUCGUCCUCGUUGACGCCAAGGCCGACAAGCUCCGCGGCGAGAUGCUCGACCUCCAGCACGCCGCUGCCUUCCUCCCCCGCACCAAGAUCCAUGCCUCCGUCGACUACGCUGUCACGGUCGGCUCCGAUCUCUGCAUCGUCACCGCCGGCGCCCGCCAGAUCCCCGGCGAGUCCAGGCUCAACCUCCUCCAGAGGAACGUUGCUCUCUUUCGGAAUAUCAUUCCUCCACUCGCCAAGUACUCGCCGGAGACGAUUCUGCUUAUCGUCUCCAAUCCCGUGGACGUCUUGACGUACGUCUCCUGGAAGCUCUCCCGGUUCCCGUCGAAUCGGGUAAUCGGAUCAGGUACCAAUCUGGACUCCUCGCGGUUCCGGUUCCUCAUUGCGGAUCACCUUGAUGUCAAUGCUCAGGAUGUGCAGGCAUACAUGAUUGGGGAGCAUGGUGACAGCUCAGUGGCGCUAUGGUCUAGCAUCAGCGUCGGGGGAGUGCCGGUGCUGAGCUUCUUAGAGAAACAACAAAUAAGGUACGAGAAAGAAACACUAGAGAACAUUCACAAACAAGUUGUAAACAGCGCCUAUGAAGUGAUUAGUCUGAAAGGCUACACCUCAUGGGCGAUAGGCUACUCGGCAGCUAACCUAGCUCGGAGUUUACUCCGAAACCAGAGGAAGAUUCACCCGGUCUCGGUCCUUGCUAAGGGGCUCUACGGCAUUGACGGCGGAGAAGUGUUCCUAAGCUUGCCUGCACAACUUGGGAGGGGUGGUGUCUUAGGAGUCACUAAUGUGCCUCUCACUGAUGAGGAGGCACAGAAGCUUAGGGACUCGGCUAAAACCAUCUUGGAAGUGCAAUCUCAGUUGGGGAUUUGAAUAUGGAGACACUUUUGUGGCAGAUUUAAACCCAACUUGUUGCUUUUAUUAUAACCUUUUUGGUUUAUGUUACCUACUUGUAUUUUUGGGAAGCCUGAGGUCUCUAGUUUAUUUUGUCUUGUAAGAAACUAACCAAUGGUCGGGCACUUUGAUCCUCAAAUAUAGAUGAAUUGUUAACCCAACAAUUUUAGCAUGUGAUGUCUAUUUAAAGGAGAAUGAGGUUGGCUUGUUACUUCAA